UCACAAAACAAACGAACGCCGCCAUGAAAGCAGGUCCGCAGUUCCGGGAAAAAAAGCGGUUACAAAACACCCGAUGACAGAGUUUAAUGCGAAUUAAAUAGAAAAAUAAAACCAUUAAAAUACAAUUAUUACUUUUUGUAAGCUGAUUUCUUCUAACAAAUUUGAAUGUGCUUCGUUUAAUACUUUGACUCUUAUUGUGCGAGUCGCAGAGCGGUGGCGUUUAAUUGUGGUUUUCGUAUUGUGUGGCCCACAAAGUAGAAGAAGAUGCUCCCUGAUGCCCGCAAGAACACUGCCAGUGAAGUCCUGACUCGGGAUUUCUCCUGUAAAUAAAUCCUGUUAUUUGAAAAUAGUUUUCCUGGACGAUGGAGUCUUGAACGCUGUGUGGGCGCGGCAUUACGUGGUGUUCACUGCCAUGGAGUCCGAAACGGACGUGAAUAACGAGACCACGGAGAACAAGGGACCUGGGUCUCCACACUGGCUCAAGCCAAACGACUUGCUGCGGCUGAGAAGAGCGGGCAAGCGCCGUCUGCAGCCCAGGGCCCUACAGCCAGUGAACCUGAAUGCCGAAAACACUUCAGUCGAUGUGCGAAAGCGAGACUUUGUCAUCAAUCCCUUCAGGUGUGCGUCGCAGAAGAGACCACGUCCCGAAGAUGGCUCAAGCCAGUUCCUCGGACGCAUGUCCACUCCUAGUGGACACAGUCCCAGCAGCGUCCAGGUCCAGAAGCUGACCAUUUCCAAGCUUCCUGUUGACUCUUACGAUGAUGAGACAUGCCACUCCCUUUCCCAUGGCAGCAAUGCUGGAAAACCUGCACAGGGUGCCUGGCAGGCCCAGCUGCCUCUGGACUGGAGCCUCAAGACUCGGGUGAGGUUCUGCUCCCCCAGCCACUUCCCCUGGAACGGCAGCCUCAAGACGUGCGAGGAGGCCAGCGGGACCACGGGCUUCGUGCGGGGUGUCCACGCUUCGCAGGCUGCGUCGGAGAGCUGCGGCCUGGACAGUAGCCCCCAAGCGCGCUUCCACCAGCACUGCCUGGUGUGGAUGCACCCCCACCUGCCCUGGCUGCGCCUGUUCCCACGCCAGGGGGGCCCCGGGGGCAAGGACCAGGGGACGGCACCCUCCUUCUUUGCAGACCCGAGCGGCGCGGCACGUGCCUCCCUGCAGGCGGACUGGAACCAGAGUUUCCGGUCCCUAUACCAGCUGGUGCGGGCUCGCCAGUGCCCCUUUUUCUACGCCUGUGCCCCGGGGUUCACGGUGCUCUUCCGUGCGGCCGGCGUGGCGGGCAUCCCGGACCUGCAUGCCCUGGUGACGCCCACCACCCGGGGACUGCGCCAGGCCCUGAGGGAAGAGGGAAUCCAGUACAGCAUGCCCCUCUGCGCAAAUCAAGAGCAAAUGGAUGAAACAUUGGACGGUGCUUCCCAGUCUCCGGUCGAGGUCAAGGCUGAAGUGCAGGCGGACGACCAGGUGGAAGAUGAACCCUUGACGUGGCUCGAGAGCUUGGGACUGAGCCAAGCCAACUUCCCCUCUCUCAAUCCCAAGAAGAGCCAAAUGGAGGAGGAGAGCCGGGAGGAUAGGCGUCCUCGGUCGCUGGUGUUCGUGGAGCGUGAGAACAGCCAGGCCCUGUUCAACUUCCUGCUGAACAGCCGGGCCUGUGUUUGCCCCACGGGCCCCCUGGCAGGAGUGCCCCCCACCCUGCUGGCCCCCGUUGCCUUCCACGGGGCCACCCUCAGGUCCCUCAAGGUUCGCCAGGGCUGGGUGAAGCAGGACAAUCGUGAGAUGCACAUGGUGGAGAUGAGUGGACCUGUACUACCCAGUGCCCUGCAGGGGCUGUGCACGCUGUUUGGCAACACUCAGGAGGGCGGUGCCUUCUCCCUGGUGACUGCACCCCAUGCCCCCACGGCCGCCUUCAACGCCUUCCAGCCACGCACCACGGCGACCCCGGCCGCGUUUGCGACCGAGGCCCUCAAGGACUGCGGCCUCCCGAGCACCUUCGUGCAGCAGCUCUGCAGCCGGACAGAGGGCACCGUGCCGGUACUCACUGCGGUCAAGGCAGAGGGGGGACGCUACGACGUUGCCGGUUCUGUCUGAUUUGCGGUGCUCGACCGUGCGUCCAUCCUUGUUCUCUACGUCCAGGUCGGCUGCGGGCGUGUCGUUCUAUUUGCUUUCAUUACCUCUUCAAGUAAUGGUUUGGGUUGUGCUCAUUGCCGGAGGCUCCUCUGCUUGCCAUUUGUGGUGUGUUGCCCCUUGUUGGUCUAUUUUAGGCAGUUUGAUACUUUUGCUUUGUGUUACGGGAAAAAACAUAAGGACAUGCUUUUCGUGUAAAACUCUCUUGGCUCAUGUUCUGUCUAUGGGAAAGCACGGCAAGAGAGCCGAUUUUGCCAUACCGCCAUCUCCUUCCAUGCAAUAGUCGCCACCACCGAGGCAACAAAGCGUCUCCCGAAUAGAUGCAUACACAAACGCAACGCCCGAAGGCAGCGACUGCAAAUGCCAUUUUCCAAAUGCCUUCUGCUAAUGUCAAUGCUGCAACGCUAGCCUGAAGCCAACACCAUUUAAAAACCUAGUUUGGGGCUCCAAGCUAGGCUUCCAAACAGACCACCCCGCAGGCGGUCACCCUUCUCUUCACUCUACUCUGCUCGGUGAACAUUGAUUAUAAUCUCGGGCCCGAUCUUGCACCAAGCCUCGUUGGAAUCGUCAAGGGUAUGGCAAGCGACCGCUUCCUGCUCUCUACAUCAUCCCUCCAUUGGUGUGCCUGGCUUUAGCUAGCGUCUACUUUAGUGGAUGCUAUUCGGAAAAUGGCGUCGGCUGUUGCUGGCUUUGGAUGCUACAAUCGUGUAUGCGUCUCUAUGGGAAACGCUUUGUUGCCACGGUGACAAUGACUACGGCGGGCAAACUUAAUUGUGUGGAAGGAGACAGUGGUGGUGGCGAGAUCGAGUGCAUGCUUGGUCUCUUUAGCCAUGCCUUUCAAUAGGGUGGAAUGUGAGCAAAAAGAGCUUGAAACAAGAACUUAAUGCAGACGAGCGAUUUGCUGAAGUGCCUAAUAUUUCGACAAGCCUUGUACGAAAAGCACGUCUUUAGCUUUGAAUUUGGACUAAGCUUUUUUUAUGGUGACAUGGGGCAAAGCUACCAGCGUGUCCGACUUUGUUUGUUGAUUAUUUCACCUUCCUGCUUUGUCUGCCGUUCGUUACUUUUUGUUUGUUUCAGGCUCUGGGUAUUCUUUACUAUGUGUGAGCACCUUUUUGUUGCUUACUGCCUUUGUAUUACUAGGUUUUGUUUUCUAUGUCCUCGAGGGCUACGCGCCAUCUACCACUAUAAGGGUUCCAGGAGGUUCUCGUUUUGAAGUUCUUUCUACCAGCGCUGUCGAAGCUGGUAGGUACCUCCGUGAUUGGUUCGAGUAUCCAGAGAUGCACUAUCUGUUUUAUCAGGCAUGCAAUAUGGCAGUUAGAAGUUGUCAGCUCGUUUCUUUGCCCUUUUGUUAUUAUUUAUUUCAUUGUGGCUGUUUCUGAUCUUGCAUUAUAAAACUUGCAGACAACAAUCUCUCAUCGUAAUCCUAACCCCGAGAUCAGGAGAAAUGAAAUAAUGAAUAAGAUGACGCAUAAUUUAGCUUGUCAAUUAUUUUAUUUCUUUGUGUCUCAGGGUUUAGAUUAUGCUUUUUCCUAACCAGCUUGCCUGCACACUUUCGCUUCUUGCGAUGUCUCAAUUUCUUUUGCUGUAAACCCACCACGCGAGGGUUUGGUCAAGAGCUGUGAACCUAAUUCCAAUUCACUGUGCAGCUUAGUAUGUGUGCUUCAUUUUUCAUUAUUUUUAUGCGUGAGAUGGUAAGCGUUUUAAAACAGAUCGUACAAGAAACGGACAUUGUGAAGCACUUGUGUCGUAUGUGUCUUCAGAACAAGACAUGUGCAACAGACGAGCACUUGUCUGUUGCACAUGUCUUGUUUUGAUCCCCGUUUUUUUUCUGCGCUCCGCUCUAUAGCUCUUAACACUUUUAAAGGUAAACAUUAUUGGACAUUCAUGUUGAAAAACUGAAAACUGACAGGCACAGUUAGGUGAGGGCCAAGUGUGUCCAAAUUUUGCACUAAUCUGCUGCAAACUUUGUGACAUGCCUCGAGUUGCAUGUGUCGUAGUGGCUGGUUGAAAAGUUGUAUUUACAAUAUUCUUAGCUCAUUUUAAUGUUGGGAUGCUUACAUUUGAAAUAUAGUCACAUUUGCUUGCAAACAUUUUAUUUUUUUCCUGCGUCUUGUUGGGUAAGAUUGAGGGAUGGCUAAAAUCUAAAAUCACCUUGUUUCUGUAAAGGUUCGACUGAGCUAGGUGACGGGUUGCAACAGUUUUAAACAAGUCAUUUAAUCAUUUUUAUGUAUUUCUUUUGAAGUGCGAUGCAUGCAUUUUUAUUUGUGGUGUAAAAUUUAUUUGCGGCAACAAUAGGUACUUUUUUCUUUUCUUUUUUGGAGUGGGUGAUUAACUUAUUUUCAUUAAGUUUUGAAUGAACUCAUGCAAAUCAUUGUAAAGCGUGAUAUGUAAUUCAUUUCUGUACUUGUCAUUUAUUGCAAUAAAUUAGUAUGCAAAUUUA